CGCACCGGCUGCAAUGAAACUGAUUCCAAGUCAGUUCUUACAGUAAGCCCCAGACAGGAAAUCCAGGAAGUCCAACUUGCAGCUACUUUAGUUAGUUUUGUAGAUAGAGGCGGUAGACGUACGUUUUGUAGUAUAGACAUUUUGAUGUCCGCUUUUUGAGCAGUUUACCACCUAGCCCUUUAACGAUGGAUAAACUUCGUCGUGUGCUAAGCGGCCAAGAGGAAAACGAAGAGUUGGGUCUUACUGCACAGGUCCUUGAUGCCAGCACUCUCAGCUACAGCACCAGGGUGAAAUGGUUUGUCAUAUGUUUUGCUGGAGGCAUCCUGUGCUCAAUACUCGGCUCAGCACUUCUGUUCCUUCCCAAUGGCGUUAAGCUUUUCGCUGUCUUCUACACAAUAGGGAAUAUCGCAGCUCUGGCCAGCACCUGCUUCCUGAUGGGACCAGUAAAACAGCUGAAGCGCAUGUUUGAAAAAACAAGAGUGAUUGCCACCAUUGUUAUGCUGCUCUGUCUUGUUUUAACACUUUGUGCAGUGUUUUGGUGGCAUAAAAAGGGAUUGGCAAUCAUCUUCUGUAUUAUGCAGUUUUUGGCAAUGACAUGGUAUAGCAUCUCAUACAUUCCGUUUGCCAGGGAUGCGGUGAUCAAGUGUUUCACAACCUGCCUGAGUUAGAACACAGGAAUCCAGCGACCUUUGAAGACUGGUCCAGAUAUGCAUGUCUAGCAAUGGUGAUUUUGUAAAAUAUGCAUUUAUAUUGUUUUUACACUAUUCCUUCAGAUUUCCACUUGCUAUGUCAUACUGUGAAUUCUUGCCUUUUGAGUCUAGCUAAAUGUAUUUAACUAUGAUCAGUCUUAUCAGUCUUUUGCUUUGAUUUGAGAGUAUUGAGUGUCAUUCUUGCUUAAAAUAUUUAAGAUUGACUUAAAAUAGGCCUUUUAUUUUCUGAGAAUUUUAUGCAUAUUUUUUCUGCAUGGAACUGAUUUUGACUGAUUUUGCCAUUUACAACAAAAAAUGCCUUAACACCUUAAUAAAUAAUGCUAUCUGUUAAUAUUUAGACCAAAUGUGUACAUUUACAUUGUGUGUUUUGUUGGUGUAUGAUAUGAUCAGAUAUGGUAUGCUUAAAUGAUUUCUUUUUGGCAGUAGAGUCAGUGCUUCACUGAUGGUGUUCUGAGACAUAUGCUGCCCCCAUCUCUUUUGAGGAUUUUUUUUUUCUUACUAAUGAGAUUAAGAAUGGAAUUUUUGUGUCUGGUCUUGUUGUACAUGGACGAACACACUUGCACCCCCCACCCAUUAAAUUACAUGAAAAA